CUUCACAACACACACACAGUGGGAAGUUCACUCUGAUUCUGAUCUCUCAGUUAUCGUGUUAGAAACGUCUUUAACGUCAUCAUGAAAAAAGACUAUGCAAAGACUCUUGUUUCUCUGGCCCUAAGGAGAGUCCGAGAGCGCAGGUGUUCGGCGUCUGCAAAUGAUGGCCCGACUAGGACGAUUAAAAGAAAGGCCACUCCUGGCAGGAAGACCCUUAGAAAAAAGACAAGGGUCCCUAACACCUCUAAGGGUGAUAUCGCCGUGAGAGGAGUGAAGAGGACAAUAUUUGACCUUAACAAGCAUGACAUGGAGACGGCGUCCUGCUCAGCGGACACUGAAAGCUGCAAUACAUCUGUGAGUGAUGUGAGCAAGAGAGGCGUUAAGAGGAAGGCUGUCGGCGUCGCCGAUGGAGAAGGACCAAGCAGGAAAAUAAAAAGGAAAUCAGACCUGAAGGAGAAACUGGAUUUGUCCGUAGCUGCCCUAACAGAAAGCUGCAAUACAUCUGUGAGUGAUGUGAGCAAGAGAGACGUUAAGAGGAAGGCUGUCGGCGUCGCCGAUGGAGAAGGACCAAGCAGGAAUAUAAAAAGGAAAUCAGACCUGAAGGAGAAACUGGAUUUGUCCAUAGCUGCCCUUACAGCAAAAUUUAAGGCCAAAUACCUUGAGCAGGAUCAGCUGGGCGUGGGAGGAUGUGGAUCUGUGUUUGCCGGAUAUCGCAGAGCAGAUAAUUUACCUGUUGCCAUCAAACGCGUACCAAAGGACAAAAUCCUCUGCAAAGUAGUGGACCAGAAUGGGAAGCAGCUGUCCGUGGAGGUCGCCGCCAUGUUAAAACUUGGGGCUGAAACAAGUGGAUCGGUGGGGACGUCAGCACCAGUGUCCCUACUGGACUGGUAUGAUUUGGACCAGGAGCUGAUCCUGGUGCUGGAGAGACCAAUUCCCUCCAAGGACCUACUCAAUUACGUUGAAGACAACGGAGGUUCCCUACAGGAGGAACAGACCAAGAGCAUACUGACACAGCUUGUUGAUGCAGCAAUUGAACUUGAGAACCAUUGCAUCUUUCACCGAGACAUCAAGGUGGAAAAUAUACUGAUCGAAACCAGUUCAGAUGUCCCUCGCAUUCGCCUUAUCGACUUCGGACUGAGCUGCUUCGCUAAGAAAGGAUCCUCUUACCGCAAUUUCUACGGUACCCCUUCUCACAUCCCUCCCGAGUGGUACAGUCGUUGUUUCUACAGGCCCGGCCCCACCACAGUGUGGCAGCUGGGAGUGGUCAUGUUUGAAACGCUCCACCAAGCUUCGUUUGAGACCACCGAGUUCCUCGGAAACAAGCUGAGAAUCAGCAAAAAGCUGUCCAAAAACUGCCAGGAUUUCUUGAGAAUGUGUUUGACCAAAGAACCCCAGCAGCGUCUUACUCUGGAGCAGCUCCGACUUCACCCAUGGCUCAGCACUACAGCCAUACAAAGUCCAUAAAUCUAUCCAAUGCCAUACAU